ACUGUCCUUCCAAGGUGUGGAGAUAGUGAAGUUCUUGGCUCAAUUAUGCAGCAUAACCAUGUCAGAAGACAAACUAACAGCUCAAGAUCUAUAUAAGACAAAAAUCUUUGAAGUUGACAGUCGGAAGUCUCGCUGAGUGGCAAAAGUAAAUACAUGCUUCAUUUAAUAUAGUUGGUUUUUUUAUGAGAUCACCAGGGCCAAAAUAGUAGCUAAUUUGUUCUAAUUAAGCAGGAGAAAGAUCCCAGAAGCAUAAUUACGUCAACGGCAAACAAACAUUUUCUUUGUUUUUAAUUUCCCCCCCUGUUCCAAACCUUUGUAUUGUGUGCUGUGCCUAUAUAAUAAUAUUCAAACAGGAGUGAUUCAACUCAAAGCCUACUGCAAUAAUCUGCUUGUUCAAAACAAUGGACUUUUCUAAGCUUUUCAUUGCCCUUUUCAUUUUCCAAAUUUUGUUCCCUUGCCACAUGUCAACCCAAGCAGCUCCUGUGAACUCAAACCUCUUCCGAGAAUAUAUAGGAGCUGAGUUCAAGAAUGUUAGAUUCACUGAUGUUCCCAUUAAUUCGAAUGUUGAAUUCCACUUCAUUCUCUCAUUUGCCAUAGACUAUGACACCUCAGGUUCUGCUUCUCCAACAUAUGGGAAGUUCAAUGUCUUUUGGGACUCUGAUAAUCUCAGCCCUUCCCAGGUUUCUUCCAUCAAGAGCCGCCAUUCAAAUGUUAAGGUGGCCUUAAGCCUAGGAGGGGACAGUGUGGGAGAUCGCUAUGCUUACUUCGACCCUUUCUCUGUAGAUUCUUGGGUUUCCAAUGCAGUUUCUUCUCUCACAGUUAUCAUCCAAGAAUACAACUUGGAUGGAAUUGAUAUUGACUAUGAGCACUUCCACGCUGAUCCAGACACUUUCGCUGAGUGCAUUGGGCGCCUUAUAAAAAUCCUCAAGAACAGUGGAGUCAUUUCUUUUGCUUCCAUAGCUCCAUUUGAUGAUGACGAUGUUCAAAGCCAUUACAAGGCCUUGUGGAAGAGCUAUGGUCACCUCAUCGACUAUGUCAACUUCCAAUUUUAUGCCUAUGAUCAAGGAACAACAGUUUCUCAAUUUAUAAAUUAUUUCAACACCCAAAGCUCUAACUAUAAUGGUGGUAAGGUUUUAGUGAGCUUUAUAAGUGAUGGGAGCGGUGGCUUGACACCAGAAAACGGCUUCUUUACUGCCUGCAAUAGGCUCAAGAGUCAGAACAAACUCCAUGGUAUAUUUGUUUGGUCUGCAGAUGACUCUAAGGGGAACGGAUUCCGCUAUGAGAAGCAAUCACAAGCUCUACUUGCAAUUUCCCACUAGUAUUUGUGUGUUAUCUAUGCAAUUAGACUCUAAGGAAUAUAUGCUUGUCUAUUGACUAAAAAUUUCAUGUGUCUGUUGUGUACCUUUCUCUCAUAUUACUGGUCUUUUUUUGUGUGUUCCUACUCUCAUUUAGUGAAUCUUCUUUUUAUUUUUUUCUUUUGGUAAAUGAAUUGAAAUUUUAGAUCAAUUUUGGGUCCAGGACAGGCAAUAUUAGUUCAAUUUUGGAUAUUAGACAAAAUAAUCUCAAAAACCAGCUACAGAAUUCAACUCCCUAUAGACAUGAAUGAUCUCACAUCCUCAACCUGCUCCAAAUAUGUUAUAGCUUGAGUAAGAGAACAUCAUUUCCAGACUCAUAAUCACUCUCACAAUUUGCUCAUGUCUU